AGUAUCUCUCUUCAAAAGCCAUGUUCGCCGCCGCCCUCCGUCCCGCUUCCUUCGUUGCUCGCGCCGCCCUCAGGCCUGCUCGUACGGCCGCUGUGCGUGCCAUUUCCACCACCGCGGCGCGUCGCUCCGACGCCCCCACCCCCCAGAUCUUCGGCGAGGGUGCGAAGCCGGGUGAGGUCCCCACCGACGAGAAUCAGUCCACUGGUCUCGAGCGUCUUCAGAUCCUCGGUGCCAUCGAGGGCGUCGAGGUUUUCGACCUUAAGCCCCUCGACUCGUCCCGCAUCGGCACCCUCGUCGACCCAAUCAAGGUUUUCUCCCUGGAACCCGAGCGACUUGUCGGCUGCACCGGCUCCCCUGCCGAAUCUCACGAGCUCCUUUGGUUCAACCUCACCCGCGAGAAGAACCGUCGCUGCCCCGAGUGCGGCUCUGUCUACGCCCUCGACUUCCAGGGCUCCGAGCAUGCUCAUGCCCACCACUAAAUGCAUUCUCGCAUCUUCCGCUGCGUUGUACUACGGACAUGUUGCUGUCGCGCCAAUGGAUCCAUCUUCCCUCUAGAACUACUGUAGCCCGUCAUAUGAAUGAAGAAGCUGCUGCCAACCUAUCGUGUUGCACCACGAAGCGUCGUGGCUCGUCACCCAAUUCGGCCGGUGCGGUCGAGCCCCUGGCCGAGACCCGCCGACAAGGACGCGCCCGACGUCCAGACGUACCCAGGUUCUCAGACGCUUCGGAGCUCUGGCCGGCCUUCGCCUACGCUCUGAUUUCGCCAAGCCAGUAAGACUAAUACCUGUACGGUAUGUUGCAUCACAAUCGUCUUCCCCUUCCGCGACAACUACCAACCCUACACAUGCACCAUGCGUGUGACCCGGUGUCGCUUGAGAUCUCAGUAGCCCACAGUCCCCGACGCCCUCAGUACGCCUAGUGUUGCGCAUACUCAAUAGCCGUUCAGGCGUUGGUACUUGGCUUCGCUGCAAGCCCUCUUCCCUGUCUCUUCCGAGUCGUUCCGUGACGACGUCCCGACAGUAGCGCUCUGGCUGCUAAAAGGCGCCCGUGUCAGACAACGGUCCGCUCAGGCCCGUGGCGGUGGGCCGCUCGGGAACUCCUGGUCCUGGACGUAUGCAACGAUACUCUGGUCUGUGGUGAGCGCGAAAGUGGAAGGACCAUGCAAGGGAUGCAAAGCGUGUAAGUGGGCUUGGCCUAGUUGAAGAUAGUCUCGGCUCCAGACGUUCUUCAGCCUCUCUGCCCCAGCACUCGAUGCGUCGCUGCGCUCCGCAAGCCUCGGGAGGGAGUAGACCAAAACAGGAAGGCAAAAUUGAUGGAACGAAUCUCGAAAAGAUCUGGAGGGGGGAAACGAGCGCCGGGGGAGAGAGGCUUUAGAACGUCUGGUGUGUUUCGGGCUCGGCAGAGGGCAUUGUGACAGGCGGGUCACCGGUCCAUGGUCCGGCGUUACAUACGUGACAACAUCACAUCGGAGGCGCACGACGGGACGGAGGGAUCGAUGUCGCGCACUCGUUCUUCUGUCUGCAUGUAACUACAGUAUACCU